AUGAGUCAUAUUCAUAAAGAAUAUUAUAGUACUAAUGCAAGAUAUUUAUCAGAUAAGACCAUCAAAGACAUUAAAACAUCAUUCAAAUAUAUUGAGAAUUGGGAACGUAAACAGCAAAUGAUAGAUUCUUAUCCAUCUCAGAGCAGGCCAUUAGGUGAUGAAUCGGAGAUUCGAGACUCUGUCUCUUCUUUGAAUCAUAGCUCUUCGAGCCUACACACUUCAGUUAAAACUUCAAAUCAACAGAUAAAAAAGAG